GCGGCGAACAAUCCGAGUGGUAGACCCAAUCAGAUGAAAGCGUUGCAUUUUUCAAUGUGCUCGAUGGCGUUGUCAACACGACCGAGAUGAUCCUGGACUCGCAGUACAGGAGGUUGGACAGCGCAGACGAGCCGAGUCGAGAUGAGAGCCUCUACUGUCAAACGCUGAGCGUGCAACUGAAGGACGACUACUGCGCCACAUCUCGUCGAGUUCCGUCAGUGUGCCUCGCCAUACGGAGGAGCAGCUCGUCGAUCAUUGGCCGAAAGGAGCUCCACAUUCAACUCACCGAUGAUGCAGACCCGUUUUUCUUCUACACGCUCACUCUCACUGAGGACGACUUCCAGAGCCUCAAGGCUCAGCAGGGUCUCCUGGUGGAUUUCCUGGCGUUCCCGCAGAAGUUCAUUGAUCUGCUCGAGCUUUGCACUAAGGAUGAGCAAAAGGACGAGAACAGGCGGCUGGAGGCCGCACUGCGGAGCUCUGAAACGGACUUCCACUCGCGCCUGCGGCAGUACCAGGAGAUGGCGACGGAGCGGUCACGCGAGCUGGACCGUAUUCACUCUCUCCACGCCUCCCAGCUUGCGUCGUUGCGAGAGCAGCACGAGCGCGAGUUGGCAGCAGAGAAGGAGAAUGUACGCAAGGCCAGUUCGGAGCAGCAGUUUCGCUCGGACUUGGAGCACCGGGAGACGGAGCAGAGGCUCAAGAAGCAGAUCCAGGUCCUGGAGGCCGACGUCUCCAUCAAAGAGACGUUGAACAAAGACCUACAGGAAAAGUUGUCCAAGUCUGAGCAACUGUGCCGAGAGCUGUCAUUGAAGGUGACGGCGCUGGAAGCAGCAGUGGGACAGUGCCAGCGAACGGCUGAAGUGCUUUCAAGGGAGAAAGAUACCGUUGAAGCUGACAAGCAGAUCAACGAGAAGGAUGCCACCUCCCUGAGGUCUCAGGUCGACAAGUUGGAGGCCGAGCUGUCACAGAAGUCUCAACUUCUGGCUGAAACGAAGCAGCUUCUCGACAACUGUGAGCAGAAGAAGCGGCAGGUAGAGGCGCUCUUGGAGCAGCGGCAGGCCCAGCUCGGUCGACGAGAGGCGGCCGUCAAGACUCUUUCGGACGACAUCCUCAAGGGCAACGAGAUCAUCAAGCGUCUUCAGGCCGAGCUUAGGGCCAAUCACGCAAAACUACGGCUCAGGUCAGAGGUCAUCACAAAGCAAGAGGACGUGCUGACGGAAAAAGAGCAGCAAGUACAGAGCCUCAAGCGGAAGCUUGAUGACCUCGAGCUGGCCAACAAAAGGAAAGAAGCUGAGAUGGCACAGGCGCAACAACGGGUUGAAGAGGUUGAGCAGAAAUUGACCGAGUGUCAGAAGCAAGUAAAAACGAAUGAGAAUGUGAUCCAGUGGUUGAACAAGCAGCUCAACUCGUACCAACUACAGCAGGACAAACGGGGUAGUCCUGCCGGUGUGUCUUCGAGCAAACAGUUCACUAGCCCAGCAGCUCAACAAAGCCCCACCUACCCGACUGCACGCAACUUCGCAUUCCCUGGCACAGGUGGCACCACUGCACCUUUGCAGCCAACUUUUCCGAAUAUGACUCCUGGUGUGGCUCAAGAAUCUCCAGUUCUUCCCAGGCCUAUUGGGGACGCCCCGCUGGUUGACCCGCGAUUUCUGCAGCCUCUGACGACCUCAGACCCAACGGCAAAGAGGGUGCUUAAUCCGAUUACCACUGCCACCACUGCGGCCGGGUCUGCGGCAUUCAAUCACCAGAGGGCGCCUGCUGCCAGCCAAGCACCACUUUACCACCCUGCCACUGCCAAGACUAACCCGUCCUGAUGACAGUAUAGCAAGAAAGAAGACAGAUUGCUUCAAUCAAAUGCACAUUUCGGAGUGGAGAACCCUGUGAAGUCCUGUGUACCUCCGUGAAGUAGGUUCGUUCUAUAAGACCGCCGGCCCCGUUUCCGUGACCAAGAUUGGAAUGUACGGUGAGAUCCAGCAGUACGAAUUUACCGCAGUCAAUGGCAUCUGCCAAGGCGGUUCCAUUUAGGUAUUCUCAUGCAAAUGUAAUAUUGAAGCCGUAUCUAGUGCGAGAAUACUUUGGUUGUAUCGAUUAUUCAUUAAAGAGCGUUAGACUUUAUAAGCAGCUGCAAAUCGCAAUAAUGAAGCACUAUGUAUCUGCAAAAUGAACUGCAGUGCGAAAAAGCUUGAGCAAGAAAACUCUUUUUGUUUGUGGUUUAUGAAGAUGAUGUAUAAGUUUGCAAUUAAAGGUGAAUUUUAAUUAAA